GCCGCUUGCAAACGCCGACACAGGAAGCUGCAUAAAGACGGUGAAACGCUGCACGGGUUGCUCAGAGAGGCGGUGGAAGCCUCGUACCUGGAAACAUUCAAGGUCGGGUUGGACAGAGGCUCUGCUUGCGGGGGUAGGGGGCAGAGGCUUAUCACGACAUUUGUUCUUAAAGAAUAUUUCCAUCAAGAAGAAAAUUAGAAAGCCAACCUGGCAUUCACUCUGAUCAAGUGCAGAGGCUAAUAUGUCAUUCAGUCACAUGAGACCUCGAACAUCACAGUUGGUGGAGCUUCAUGUGUUUUAUGUCCCAGAAGAAGUGUGGAACUUCAAGCUGAAUACAGUUCCUAUAGCUCUUGCUAGCAAAUUCAUCUCAGCUGGAUUUAUAAGAUGUAUUAACAAAUACCAACAUUCUAGGGUGUCUCCUCACAUUACGUUAAGAGUGCUGCGGGAGAAGCUUGGAGAGUACCUGGGUGGAGUUACAGUUGCAGAUAAAUUCAAGUUUUUAAAAUGUGUUGGGAAAAAACUAGCAGUGGUGAAAGCAAAGCAAGAAACAGAACUGGAACUGAAGUCAUUUGCUCCUCCUUAUGCUCUUUAUCCUGAAUUAUAUUUAUUACCUGAAGUGGAGUACUUUGAAGAUGUUUAUCCAUUAUCAUCAGUGACUCAACAAAGACAAUACUUUAAUGCAGAAGAUAAUAGAUUUGGUCAUGGAUCAAGAUUAUUCAGUCUUCUUCAACAAAAGCCCCCCAAAAGCAAGCAAUUUUUAGAAAGCAUACACAGCAGUCAUCAGCCAGAAAAUCAGAAAGUGCACAAUCCUAUGGACCAGGGUGAGAAAGAAUCUCUCCCAGUUUUGCACACAAAACAUAGGCAAGACUAUAGCAACAUUGUUCAAGAAAAACACAUCAAAUCUAGAGAAAAAGAUGAAAAUAGAUGCAGUGGAUCUCCCCUCACGCCAAGUCAUUCAAAUCCUGCUCAUUGGGAGUCUGGAGAGAGUGGCACAGUAUUACAGACUUCUCAGCAAAAUCAUCUCAGCCAGGAUCAAGAAGGGCCUAGCACUCCUAAGUGGAAUGACAAAACCAGAGGAAAUCAUCUCACUCUUCAUGUCAACCAGAGUGAUGAACAGGGCCAGAAUAACCAUACACAUGAAAAUCACAUUACAUAUCGAAAGGACCUAACAAAUACAGAAAAGAAUGACCACCAAAAUGAUACCAAAGUAAGAGGAAGCACAAUACAGGAUGCCAGAAUUCUUACAAUAGUGGAAGACCAAGCCACAGAACAUGCACACAAAAAGCCAAGCUUGCAGCAAUACAGAAUGAAAAAGUCUAUAGCUGAUCCUGGUGAAAAAUGGGAUAAGCAGGCAGGUGAAAGGAAGCAAAACCAUCUUACACACCCCAAAGAAUCUAUUUUGCCUCCUAGUCCACCUUUUCCAGCAUUUUCUCUAAAUUCAGCUCAAGGUCCUGCAAUGCAGGCAGCAAAAAGCAAGAUGGCAGAACAGUUGCAACAAAUGAAGAAAGACAGAAGGCACAUGGAGAAAACCAGAAAGGAACUGAUGAAAAAAGCUAAAGCAAUACUGGAACAAAGUAAGCUGAGGAGAUACCAAGUGUUGGUGUUUUCCUGUGUAGUUCGUGAGGAAUGGAAGAAGAAGUACUUUGAAACUAAGAAAGCUACGGUUUCACUGGAGGGUGCUUUAAGCAAACUGCAACAAGAGGUAGAGCUUUACCACCAGAAAUUACUCAAGCAGUUAGAAGCCAGAGGUAGUAGAAACCGGCCAAACAAUAUGACAGACUCCAAGCAUGACUGUGUACCUUUCAGUGCUUUCUCAGUGGUCUGGCCAGGGUUACCUACACAGCUGUGUGGUGUCAGACCUGGGACUUGGACCCUUGUAUGCAGGCAGCUACACACCUGGGCAGGGAGAGGCUUACAGCAGGGUCUCAGAGAUGAGAGGCUACAGAAUUACACAGUCAUCCGAAUUACUACAGUGCAGCAUGAACUUGAUCAACUGAGGAUGAAGCUGGAUGAUACUAAAAUGAAACUCAUAAUAGAAAUUAAGUUGCUUAAAUUACUGGUUCUUCUGCAGAUGAGAAAGCAGGCAGCAUCUGAUUUACGAGCACUGAGAGCAGAACUGACACAGAAGAAGAUUCAUUCAGCUUUAAUUCUCCAAUCCAGAAAAGCAGGAAUUGAAGAUGACACAACUUUAACACUGUAAAGUCUACACUAGCUCUAUAAUGCAUACAGAAGCUCAGCAUUUCAGAACGUUUGUUUGUAUGGUCUUAAUGUUAUCUUGUAAAAAGCCAUUGACUACAUAAAUGUUGUGGAAUUUAUAUACUAGGCUGCUAAGGUACUGCAGCUCACUUCUUUUUUAUAUCAUCUCACUGUGAGAUUAGUCAGCUACUUAAAAUUUAACCUAAUUAUGUGUCUAAAGCAAAACCAAGCUAUUUUUGAAGUGCAAACCGAUGAAUUGCAUAACAUCACAUUGGUAUCCUGAUGUUCUUUCAUUGACAAAACACCUACUAGGCAAAUAAAACUAUCCUCUGUAGCCUUAUGUUGUUGGGUUCAGACACACAUUAAUUUUAAAAAGAAUUAAAACAGCUCUUCUGUAGAACUACAGGAUUAGUAAUCCUUUAUUUAGCUAUCUUCUGAAGCAUACUUUUGUCAUUAUGAGUAUGCCUAUCUACACAUUACCAAUGUAUUAUGACAAUAUUAUUAGGAAGCAAACAAAA